GGCCGCCAACCAGUGGGCAAUGCGCUGGUGAAAGUGAAGUCGGCGCUUGUGGAGCGCGCGCAUAAAGGAAAUUGGGACAGAAGCUUCACGCACAACAUCAAACGAACAGACUUUGAGAGUCACCACGCAGCGCGGGCGGCAGCUGGCUUCACGGAUGAUUUCUCUAGCAAAGAGAUAUGAUUACAGUUGCGCUUCUAUUCAACGGUGACCGCAAAAAACACAGGUGGUCGUUCUUAUCACCAUUGUUCACGCCAACACAACUCCCCGCAACCAACCAACACAGCCUGAGCCAUGCGUCGAGAGCGCGGCCUAGGAGGCUCGAUAUGGGCUUCCGAAACAUCAAGCAGACGCCAGAGUGUAGCAGGUGACCACAGAUCGCGCUCUGUCCCGCCGCAGAGCCCGAACCAGCCAACAUUUGACUUGCCCAAGACCAGCACGUCCAUUGCUGCGCCCUUACCGACUAAGGGCGCACUGGGCCCAACACAGGCGCUCCAGCGGUUCGAGCAGGCGUGUCAGCGGCUACGAUGGAAGUUUAUCGAUCUAGAAGCGUCGUAUCAGCGGGCUCUUGUUCCGCAGCCGCACCAGUUCACGCCCGAUGACGCGGAGCGCAACUUCAAGAUCGACUUCCACGAGUUCUACGUGUGGAUCGAGCAGGCUGUCGUGCUGCUGCUGCAUGUGUUUUCUAUUGAGAUUCCAAGGACGUCGUUUCUCUCGGAUAAAGAUCGGCGGGCGGGCGGCUCGUCCAGCCAUGCAUAUCACCAUAAUGUGCUGCGGUGUCUGGACGAGGUGACGAAUCCGCUGCACGAGGUCCUGGGUAAGGGCGACGUCAACCAUGCGCUGUGGAAGGCCAAGGAGCUGCGUAAUAGAUGGAAGGACGCGGCUGAAGGGCGAGAGACGCCGCCGCUGAAAAUGUACGAUUUGCGCUGGAUUGUGCGCGAGACACUGGGCGGUUUGGAGGCGGCGUAUACUAAGGCGCAGCAGGAGGUUGCGUUGGUGGGUGGAGGGCGAGAGGAGGAGGCGAGUUGGGAUUGGAUGGUGGAUGAUAUGGAUUGGGAAGCUUAGGAAUUUUCUCUUGCAUAGCGUGUCGUGUCUAUUUGCUUUUUAGCAUUUAUUUGUUGGUGUUGUUUGCUUUGGUAGACAGAGGCGAUACCAUACGGUCUAUCGUCCGUUCAAGCCCUUUGCAGAUAUCUUUAACUAGAUGGUAGCUGGAUAUAGAAGCCAGUGGUUAAUUACAAUAUUUGUUAGCUCACUAUGGUGAAAAAUAAAAAAUAAAAUGGUUAUGAACCUGUUUGAUGGGUUGUAAUUGGCAUUUGCUGAGAAAUGCAAAAAAAGAAGGUAUAUGAUGGAAUCAAACCACCUGCAAUGGACGAA